AUGAAAAGUUAAGAUUAAUCUCAAACUAACUCAUCGGUGAUUGGAUCCAAACCAAAUAAGCAAUUGUUGAGUGCAAAUUACUAGAACCAACAUAAUUAGAAUGAACAUAACUCAAAUAAUUUAGAUUUGCUCAAAAUCAACGAGAAUAUCGACUAAGAAUUAUAAUAGGGCAAUAAGCACGGGCUGGUGAACUUAGCCUUAGGUUCUUGUGAGGUAAGAGACGGGUCACUCAGAAGCGAUGUACUUUAUAAAACAAUAAUAAGAGAUAUGAGGAAAUAUUAUAGUUUGGAUUUGAAUGGCUCAACCAAUUUUAUCAAGAAAAAGCGUCACAAAGAUGACAAAUAUUUCUAUGAGUGUAUUUUUGAAUACAUAAACCAAAAAUUCCCCUAUUUCCAGGCAGAUCUAUAAAAUUUAUAAUAAAACAGAGAUCCCCCUGCCCUAACAUUUAAAUAACAUUAGUAACGAGCGAAGAAAGUGCCAGACUUUAAUGACAUUAUAUGCUUUAUUGGUUGUCUUCUAUACCCCAAAGACAUCAAGAAUGCAAUAGACUGUUUCGAUGGGAAGAACAACGAGAGGAUUUCAAGAUUAACAUAAUUCAAAGAUCACAAUGUUGAUUACAAGACUUUGCAUUCGUACCUAUAUAACUUUAGUUUGGAGAAAUUAAACAAUCUUAUAAAAAUGAAAUAUUUUGCAUUCUUUUACUGCCAUUACUACCUAGAUGGCAUAAUUAAGAAUUAACGAAUAGAGAAAAAAGUUAACAUGAACAAAUAUCGGGAUUCAUACCAUGAGGCGUCUUACUUAAUCUUUAAGCUUUGUCAAGGAACGCUUGUAAAAAUGAUAGAAUCCAUAAAAAAUAAUGCUAAGUACAUCGAUCUCUAUAAUAAUAUCAAAGAGCUCUUAGCAAAAGAUAAAUCCGGAAAGAAUCUAUCGGUAAACCAGACAAAAAAUAAUCAAAUUGACGAGCCAGACCCAUAAUUUUUAAUUCCAAAGAAACUAAGAAGAGGAUAGAGUAUAUAUACAUUGGAAAAAAAUAUUCGAGCUGGAGAUGGCUCUCUGGCUUGA